AACUGAAUGCGAACGGACGGCACCGCGAAGUCAGAAAGAACUGCACGAGGAAGAAGGUUCUAGCGACUCGGGAGCAACGAAGCAAGCGCCAUGGGGACGAAGCGGCAGCUGAUCUGCCUCGCCGCCGCCGUCGCCGCCGCGGCCAUCCUCCUGACAGCGUCGGCAAAGAAGUCCCGCGACGUCACCGAGCUUCAGAUCGGCGUCAAGUACAAGCCAGAGUCAUGCACCCUGCUAGCACACAAAGGCGAUAAAAUUAAGGUCCAUUAUCGUGGGACACUCACUGAUGGAUCAGUAUUUGAUUCUAGCUACGACAGAGGUGACCCAUUUGAAUUUACUCUUGGAAAUGGCCAAGUGAUAAAAGGUUGGGACCAAGGAUUACUAGGUAUGUGCGUCGGUGAAAAGCGGAAGCUAAAGAUACCUGCAAAGAUGGGUUAUGGUGAGCGAGGCUCCCCACCGAAGAUUCCGGGUGGAGCAACUCUGAUCUUUGACACGGAGCUUAUCGCGGUCAAUGGAAAGACAUCUGGUGAUGCAAAGGCAGAAAGCAAUAGCGAGCUUUAACACAUUGAAGAGUUUCAACUUGAGCGUGUAGCAGCUUCACCAAUAGUGGCUCGCGCAAGUUCAUUAGAUGAAAGGGUUGCUGUUUCCUUCAUGACAGUUAUGAUUUAAAUGUUACAGAGACAAGUCUGGUUAAGCCCUAUGAUCUAUGUAAUCGACUGUUCAUAUACUCCGGAAAAAUUUGAUUUGUGUUGUUGCCACGGUCUUCAACACAACCUUGCUCGUGCUUGCAUUACUGUUGCUGUCGACGCAGGUCGACGCCUUCUAAAUCUCAAAUGUAAGCAGCGUUGGAAAUUGAAACGAGAUAUUUUUCA